AUGGGGGUGAGCCAGUCGAAAGGCGGGGACAGCGGCGGUGUACGCUGGAAGCUUCGGCCGUUGGUGCCACGCUCGUGGGCGGAACUGGGAAAACUGCAUGUGCGCUUUCAGCAGGAGACGUAUCGCCGCCGAGCUGAUCCCGCGUUUCAGUACUUCAUGCCCUUUCACGUGUUUCGGGCCAUCGUGACGCCACUUUGCCCCGAGAAGGGCAAAAUGCAGCUACUGGCGAUGUUCGAAGAUCUGGACGUGAAAAACACAAGAAAACUAGUCGUCAUGGAUUUCUUUAGUGGGCUGGCACUCCUUGUUGAUGCCAAGAAGCUCCAGAAACUUGAAUUUGUAUUAUCGCUGCUAGAUAAUGGUGGUUUUAACACUCUCAAUAAGUGCGAGUUGACGAUGAUUGUGUCGUCUGCUGCCAGGGGGCUGAAAAUGUUCGCACCUGGAGCCGACGUGCUGCAGGAGGCCACGAUGAGGCCUUUAAUUCGGCGUUUAUUUGGCUGGAGUGAUGAGGAAUUGCGGCAAACUGUCAUCAACAAAGCUCUCGCGGACCCUGAAAUUAUCUUCUUCUUGAGCGAUCUAGAGGCGCAACAUCUUCCGGAGAACUAUUAA